UCAAACAUUACAGUCAGGAUGUUUCCCACUUCGAAAGUGGACAUUCAAUUUUAUGCACAAUGAUUUAAUGUCAUCUCAUGAUUCGCUUGAGCAUUUAUGUUUAAAUAAUAACAGUAGUUCUAAAACUUUAGGCAUAGGCUGGCUAAAUAUGUCAGAUGAAUUUUAUUUCAAUACGCUUUAUGAUUUUGAUAGUAAUUCGCAAGUUAUAACUAAGCGCUAUAUUUUGUCACACAUAUCACAAAUAUUUGAUCCUCUUGGAUUAAUUAGUCCAUGUAUCAUGCAGGCUAAAAUUAUUUUGCAGCGUCUAUGGCUGUUAAAAAUUGAUUGGAACGAUCCAGUUCCAAUUGAUGUCAUUGCGAUAUGGAAUAGAUUUGUGUCGUCGCUAAGCGUUCUUAAUAAUAUAAGGGUGCCGCGCUGUGUACUAGGUGAUAGUUCAAAUUAUACGACUAUUGAACUACACAUAUUUACGGACGCUUCACAAUUAGCGUACGGUGCUUGUAUUUAUGUUCGCACUAUAAGCGAUAAUUCAAAUAUUUCUGUGCGUUUAUUAUGCGCUAAGGGUAAGGUUGCACCUCUAAAACCGGUAAGCAUACCGCGCUUAGAAUUGUGUGGUGCAUUGUUAGGAGCUAGAUUAUAUGAUAAGGUAAUUUCAUCGAUUCAUCGUAAAUUCGAUUGUGUUGUUUUCUGGACAGACUCAACAAUAGUAUUAGGAUGGUUGCGCAUGUCUCCUAAUCUGUUACAAACAUUUGUCCAAAAUAGAGUAGCUGAAAUACAUGAACUCUCGGGAGUCUUGCCGUGGCAUCAUGUUAGCGGGAAACAUAACCCGGCGGAUUUAGUGUCACGUGGCGUGACAGUCGAUGAACUCGCUAAAUCUAGAUUAUAUUGGUCAGGGCCUGAGUUUCUACAUGAUAAACACUUCAUUAGCACUAAUAUAUCUCACCCUCCUCAUGUUUCACCAGAGUUGUUGCCGGAGACGAAACGUAGUUGUCAUCUAUCGUUUAUCGCUACAAAUACAAUAUUUAUUAAUUUUGAAAGGUUUUCAAAUUUUCUACGCAUGGUACGCGCUAUAGCUUAUAUGUUACGAUUUUUGCACAAUGUUCGUAAUAAAAAUAAUAAACGUACGGAUAUUUUAAGUACUAAUGAAAUUAUAGAAUCUCAAAAUUUAUUAGCUAAAAUAUCACAAUUAGAAUCUUUUCCAGUCGAGUAUAAUUUAUAUAUAAAAGAAAAUAAGGUAAAAGAUAAUCACUAUUUAUCAAAACUAAAUAUUUUCAUGGAUAGGGAUAAAAUAUUGCGCGUUGGAGGCAGACUAACUAAUUCCAAUUCAUUUUCAUAUACCAAAAAACAUCCUAUUUUGUUAGGUAGUAAUCAUAGUUUCACUAAAUUGUUAUUUCGCUAUGAACAUGUUAAAUUGUUACACGCAGGUCCUCAAGCGCUAUUGUUUAACAUACGUGACAAUUGGUGGCCGAUAGGAGGUAGAAAUUUAGCUCGAAAGGUAGUACACGAAUGUAUCUGAGCGCAUAAGUCCUACAUAUCCAUUUUCCAAAUGUGGAGUGGAUUACGCCGGGCCAAUUUUCAUGUUAAACCAUAAAGGCAGAGGAGCUCGUAAGGUUAAAUGCUAUAUUUGUCUAUUUGUAUGUUUUGUUACGCGGGCCAUACACCUGGAGCUUGUAACCGAUCUUACAUCGGAUGCCUAUUUAUUAGCUUUAAAACGUUUUAUUUCUCGCCGUGGAAAACCAUACGAGAUAUUUUCUGAUAACGGGCGUAACUUUGUAGGUCUUAUGAACGAUUUCGCCAAGUUUUUGUCUAAAUGUAGUUCUGAUAUUAAAGAUUAUGUUUCUAACGAACAAAUUAAAUUUCGCUUUAUCGUA